ACUCCUAGGCAAGAAGCGUGUGUAAAUUGUGUAAGUGAUUAAAUGUGUUAUAGUUUUGAGCAGUAAUUAACAAUAUUAUUGUUGCUUUCAGUGUCGUUGCUCACAACGCCGCUGCGGAGGUGCCAGCAUAUAACAGGCAACGGCCCAUCCGGACCGUCAACCCCAAUGCAUGCAUUCCAACUGUGGCUGGCGAAAAGCAUGCGGCGCAGUGUGACGUCAUCAACAGGAAGAAGCCGGUUGGCCAUCGGAUUGUCGAAUCAUUUGCCGGUCCAAUACGGUUUGGGCAGGGGCCAAGCUAGGAGUAUGCCAUCUGGCAGCCGCGGCAAAACAUUGCCCUCUGCCAACUCCGCCGUUGCUGUCCCAGCUGCCAGUGAGUGUGUCACCGCCUACAUGAGCCCGAAGAGCCGAGGGCCGGCGCCAGUUUGCAUUUAUGAGCCGCUGCCGUUGCUGCUGCAGGCAUCGGAAAGGUGGGCAGCGUAGGCCUGCUUCCAUCUUCAGGCAACUGUCCGUCGGAUGACCGUCGUCUUCUCCAUCCAACAAGCCCCUGUUAUCGGCCAGGGCCAGGCGAGGAGUGCGGGACGUCUGAAAGUGCCGAUGGUUCUUGCCGAGGAUCCACCUCCUGCUACCGGUGCCGCUGGCGCUGUUGCUGCUGUCGCUGGUGAGUGUGUCGCCGCCUGAUGCAUUUCAACACACAAAAUG